AUGCCGCAAGGUACGGGAUCGAAACAGGAACGCACUGUGCACAUGAAAAUACCCUGCGGCGAAGGCAGCGGCGUGACGAGCGCGGACCGGGAAUACAUGCGCCUCGCCCUGGACCUGGCCUCGCGCGGGGUGGGCCAGACGCACCCCAACCCCGCGGUCGGCUGCGUGCUGGUGCGGGACUCGCCCGCCGGCCCCGCCGUCGCGCUGCUGGCCGCCGGGGUCAAGCGCGUGGUGGUGGGCGUGGGCGACUCCAACCCGCUGGUCGGCGGCGCGGGGGUGGCCGCGCUGCGCGCCGCAGGCGUGCAGGUGGCGGUGGGGUGUGAGGAGGCGGCCUGCACCCGAAUCAACGCCGACUUCUUCGCGCGCAUGGAGGCUGCACGAGGGGGGGCGACCUAG